AUGGCGGAACAGACCAAAACCCUCUCCAAGCUUCUUUCUGACCACACGAAGCUCACGGAGCAGGAAGCGAAGACGCGGGCGGUCAGAGUCCAGAUCACCAAGGCAGCAUUCUACGAGCAUUCAAAGACUCAAGCUCAAACGGAAGAGGCUGAUCGACUCAUCGUGGAAAUUGAGGACAUCAGAAAAGACAUGGCGACUCACGAUAAGCUCACCGACUCCCUCAUUAAAGAGAUCGCGGAACUCGAAGCCAACCGCGACAAGAGUCUCGAGAUCAAAAAACGAGAGCCCAACGCCAAAAAGCGAUCGGAGGAGGAAAACAAAUUUUAUGACCGUUGGAAUCCAUCGGAAAUAGAAUCUAAACUCCGCCGCCUGAUUGCCGACAAGAUGGAGCGCUACAGCCUCAAGGGGUCCAUGUUCGCCCAAAUCAAAGCUCGAGAAACGAAAAUCACCGAGCUCUCCCAAAACACGACCGAGUCAGCAGCGGUCUUCAAGGAAAAGGACCCGCUCACGGGUGUAGAAUCCUAUUUCAUGACUCAAGUCGGCUCAACGAGCCUUCCACAAGAUGAAGGAGACUCCCUCCGAGACAUAAGCAAGGAAUUCCGAGCGUUCGUCACGGAUGCCAAGACUCAACGGACCUUCAGACGAGAAAAGCUCCUGAAGUUGCUCGGAAACUAUAAGAGAGCCAUGACUCCCGAAUACACCGAGCGGGCGAUCAUCGAAAGCGUCGUCGACGAACUGAUUCGAAUGCCGGACAUGACCCGCAAAGACGCGCUUCUAUCCCUCACGCCGCUUAUGCGCCCAAACGUGCGCCACCAAUUCGACAGAGCCAUGACAAUGAACACGACUCAUCCGACCUUCAAGAAGAUGAUCAUUAACCCCUGCGAUGGUUCAGAGGACUGGCGCACCGAAAAAGACUCUAAACCAGGCCGCCCUCUAAAAAAGCUCGAGCCCGAAAAGACUCAAUUCAGAUUCAUGACUUGGCUCGACUACAAGAAUCUUCUGGAGCACUGGGAAGUGGCGGAAGCAAUGUCUACCUUCAGCUACGACGAAGCCGAGACCGACGACGUGAUUCAGCAUUUUCUCGACAGGCUCCUCACCAGACCAAUACUCAAGGCCUACGCUUACGAAAAAGGAAUCACAACGAUUCAAGACGUAAUCGCGUCUCAAACGAAGAAGACUCUCACGGCCAAACAGAAAAGGAAGAUCAAGACCUGGUGCGAGCACAGAGCUCGAGAAUCAGCAGCCGAGGCACUCCAAUACCCCAAGCAAGCGGAAGUCGUCGACGAGCCCGAAGCGAUUCAGUUGUGGGAAGAGCUUAUGAAAACAAACAAGCCAAAGCCAAGAGAAGCAGCUAUCGCCUUCUUCAUUUGCUUCACCACGGGUUCCAGAAUGAAGGAGGCCCUCAACCUCAGAAUCGAAGAUCGCGAAAGCGUCAAAGAAGACGGAAAAGAAUUCUGGCGAUUCCACAUCCGAUCCAGCAAGACGGACCCAUUCUGCAAACGCAUGGAGACUCUCACCAUUCCAAUGGAAAUGAAGCACGGCGUCCCGCUAGCUCUCGAGCUCCGAGCACAAGUGAGAGACCGAGAAUCAGGACUCGUCCUCAAGACUCUCGAAGGUCACACCAGAAUCGCCUCGGACUACUUAGCCCGCUAUGGAGCCAAAGCAGGACUCUCUAAGAAGGUUUCCGCACAUUCAGGCAGAGUCAGUUUCUACAUCGAAGGACGACGCUCUGGCCUCUCUCAACAAACGCUCGCGCACACGCUCCGCUGGGCGCCAGGAAGCUCGAUGCCGGACUACUACGAAAGAUGCUGGCUUGAGUGCAGCAAUUUGGGAGCGCCAGUCAGCGUCGCAAAAUCAAGAGCCAGAAAGCGAAACGGAAGCGACAACGAAGACAACUCUCUUCAGGUUUCAGAUACCCCAAGAACCACAAGAAGCCAAUCAAGAGCAAAAGAAACAGAAAACAACUGA